GAGCUGUGCACUGGACUGGACUGGACUGAUUUUUUUUUAAAACCAAAUGUCAAAUACAUUCCCACGCUGUUAGUGGUUUUAGUGGUUUUAGUGGUCGACUCCCCUCUGAAGGCGAUGGCUGGCUGCUGUGCAGGUGAGCCGACGUGAGAGGACAUGGGACCCGUGUCACCCAAAACCAGGACAGAGGACAGCAUGACAGAUAUACCAGGAGCCCAUUCACCCAAGGAGAACGGACACAUCUCUCAGCCCAGCCCCAACUUUCCCCAUCCCUCCACGGGGCUUUUACCCGAUGACACCCCGGUGUCGUCCACCAGCGAGCUGACCCAAACCUGGGCGCACGUCGAAACCUUCGUUCUCAUAUUCCCCAUUUACGCAUUGGGCUAUUUUGAGUUCAGCUUCAGCUGGCUGUUGAUUGGACUUGUUAUCUUUUUCUGGUGGAGGAGAAACACUGGAGGGAAGCACAGCAGGCUGAGACGAGCUCUUGCUUUCUUUGAGCAAGAGGAGAGAAGUAUCAAGCAGAGUCUUACCACCUCUGAUUUACCACCAUGGGUCCACUUCCCAGAUAUAGAGCGGGUGGAGUGGCUGAACAAGACGGUGAAACAGAUGUGGCCGUACAUCUGCCAGUUUGUGGAGAAACUGUUCCACGAGACGAUCGAGCCGGCGGUGAAGGAGUCCAACGCCCACCUCAGCACCUUCUGCUUCAGCAAGAUCGACAUGGGCGACAAACCCCUGAGGGUCAACGGGGUCAAGGUUUAUACAGAGAAUGUGGAUAAGCGGCAGAUCAUCAUGGACCUGCAGAUCAGCUUUGUUGGCAACACAGAGAUCGACGUAGACAUCAAACGCUACUACUGCAAAGCCGGCAUUAAGAGCAUUCAGAUCCACGGCGUGUUGAGAGUGGUGAUGGAGCCGUUGCUGGGCGAUAUGCCUCUCGUCGGAGCUCUGUCUGUGUUCUUUCUCAAGAAGCCACUUGUGGACAUAAACUGGACCGGCCUCACCAAUAUACUUGACAUUCCUGGGCUCAAUGGCUUCUCUGACAACCUGAUUCAAGACAUUAUCUACAACUAUCUGGUUCUACCUAAUCGUAUCACCAUCCCACUGGUCGGGGAUGUGGAAUUGGCAAAGCUACGCUUCCCCAUGCCAAAGGGAGUCCUGAGGAUCCACUUCUUGGAGGCUCAGGAUCUGGAAGGGAAGGAUACAUUUCUGGGAGGGCUGAUCAAGGGCAAGUCGGACCCGUACGGCGUCCUGCAGAUCGGCAACCAGCUGUUCCAGAGCAAGGCGGUGAAGGAGAGCCUCCAUCCCAAGUGGAACGAAGUUUAUGAGGCUUUGGUGUACGAGCACUCGGGUCAACACCUUGAGAUUGAGCUGUUUGACGAAGAUCCUGACAAAGACGAUUUCCUGGGAAGCCUGAUGAUCGAUAUGACCGAGCUGCACAAAGAACAGAAGGUUGAUGAGUGGUUUGACCUGGAGGAAACCCCUACUGGAAAACUCCACCUAAAACUGGAGUGGCUGUCUCUGCUCUCCACUCCUGAGAAGUUGGACCAGGUGCUGCGUAGUGUGCGUGCAGACAGGAGCCUGGCCAAUGAUGGGCUCUCAUCAGCACUGCUCGUGGUCUAUCUGGACUCAGCAAAGAACCUGCCUUCUGCAAAGAAGAGUAGCAGUGAACCUUGUCCGCAUGUCCAACUGACUGUUGGACACAAAACACUUGAGAGCAAGAUCCGGUACAAGACCAAGGAGCCUCUGUGGGAAGACUGUUUCUCAUUCUUCGUUCACAAUCCCAGGAGGCAGGAGCUCGAGCUGGAGGUAAAAGACGACAAGCACAAGUGCACCCUGGGUAAUUUGACGGUGCCACUGAGCGGCCUGUUGGCGGAGGAGGACAUGACGCUGACUCAGUGCUUUCCUCUCAAGAACUCCGGGCCCAGCUCGACCAUCAAACUGAAGAUGGCCCUGAGGAUCCUGUCCCUGGAGAAGCAGGUGUCCUCAGACCAACCCUCCUCCGUCCAGGUCAGGAAGUCCAGCGUGCCGCAGCCAACCACAGCACCCACCCAGAGACGAUCGGCCUCAGAAUCCCCGCUGCCUCCGCCCACGCCCCCGCCACGUAUGGCCGCCUCCACCCUCACCCUCCAACACAGGGACGGCGAGCCGUACUCGUCCAGCCCCCUCCGCAGUGUCUCCAACCUGAGCGACUGCAUGUCCAGCUCCCAGAAACACCUGCCUCACACGGAGUCCACGCCCAGCCUGGCCUCGGACAUCUCGCUGCCCUUCGCCACCUCGGAGCUCCACCAGAGGCUACGUCAGCUGCAGAAUGGCUCGGCCCCCAGCCAGUACCCGCUGGGUGAGGUCCAGCUGACGGUCCGCCACAGCUCCCAGAGGAACAAGCUCAUUGUGGUGGCGCACGCCUGCCGUAACUUGAUAGCCUUCACCAAAGACGGCUCGGAUCCCUUCAUCCGCCUCUAUUUGCUGCCUGACAAGAGCCGGACGGGGAGGAGGAAGACCAGCACAAUGAAGAGGACCCUUAACCCAGUUUAUGAUCAGACGUUUGAGUUUAGUGUAUCUAUGGUGGAGCUCCACAGGAGAACUCUGGAUGUAGCAGUGAAGAACGGAGGGAGCAUCCUGUCUAAACACAAAGGGCUUCUGGGAAAGGUGCUGGUAGAUUUAAGUGGGGACGAUAUAUCAAAAGGAUGUACACAAUGGUAUGACCUGAGUGAAGAUGGCGUGUCGUCUCAAAGCAUAAGAAGUAUUCAAGACUCCCUCUUUACAUAGUGAACCCACGUCUCCGCUGUAAUAUAGAUUUCUUGUUAAUAUAAGGGCACAUCAUUUUGUUGUAUUCCUGUACAUUUUUCAUAUCAUUUACAGGACUGAUUUCAGCAUGCAAGACAUUUUUCAAACAUUUCCUCUCACUAUUUAAAUAAUGGAAGAUAUUGUAAUAUACUGUUAUGUGUUUAAACACACUAAUUGCCUUGUCUCUGUUUUCAGCGUUUAAUGUAAAUAUCAAGUCGCUAGUAUUUUAAUAAAAUUUGAAGGUUUUUUUUUGGUUGCCAUACAUUUCUUUCGGGGAAAUGAUAUUGAAAUCUGUCUGAAUCGUUUUUUUGCUGUACGUUUUGUUCAAAUGUGCCAAAUUCUGUUUUGUCAUUUGAGAAAAACUCUUACCAAAGGAACAGAUACAAUCACUAAAGUAGGCUUAAGUAGCAGUCUUGACUUUGAUAUAUUUUUUUUUGUCAUGCAGUGUUAUUUGCAUUUACCUCUUAUUGUUCUUUAUGCUUGAUUACAAACACGGAAUGCACAUAUGCAAGGAUUAAAAUGAUAACUGUAUAUUUUAAGAUGAUUUUGUGCAAUAUUUGGAUGUUAGUGAAGACGUGGGGGCAUUUUAGGGCUAUGAACAAGUGCUGUAUACUAUGAAGGAUACUUGAAUAAGGGUUUGAAUGAUGUUCAAACCACACGUGAGUCGAACAAACUGAAUAAUAUGAGCAGAGACAACAGUUAUUGCAUUUUUAUGAGCAGGGAUGCCAGAAGUUGUUGUUAUGCUGACACUGCUGUAAUGUCGUCAGGC